CGAGGGCUCAGUGCGGCCCUGGUUUCAACAGUUCUUCUGCGUCAGACCGACCCGCACAGGCCGAAGCCGGGAGGCGCUGUUUGUCCUGAGGCGACAGGAGACCAUUGGAGGUCAAUUCUCUGAUCGACUGAGUGAGAGACAGCUCUCCCAGGUCGUCUCUGCUGCUCUUCUGCUCCGUGCUGCCCUGCCCUUCCGGGAGGGGGGGGGUCCUGUUCCUCCCCCACGCAGGAGCUGCAGUGCGGCGGGACUCCAGUGGCCUGGUGACCCUUUGCCAAGCGAGGUCCCCCCUUCACCGGCUUCCCGGGAGUCGAGGAAAGGCGCCUCCUAUGGCAGGGGUCAAGCGCACUCCGCUGGGAGCCCCCAGCCAGACGCAGGCCGGCCCGGCCCUGGGGCCCCUGCUGAGGGACCAGCUGGAGGGCAGGAACGGCACCAACUCCACCAGGGCCCUGAGGCUGCCGGACGGGACCGGCGCCGCCUGGUACAUCCUCACCAUCAUCGGCAUCUACGCCGUGGUCUUCCUCUUCCGGCUGGCCAGCAACAUCCUCAGAAAGAACGACAAAUCCUUGGAAGACGUUUAUUACUCCAACCUGACCUCCGAACUCAAGAAGGAGGGCCCCCCGGGCAAGGCGGCCGAGUGCCCUGCGCUGACCAUCGGCAACAGAGCCGCCCUGCCGCCCGCCCAGGCCAGCCCGGAGCCCAGGCGCGCGGCCAGCGGGACCCAGACCGACAUCCAGGGGAUCCCUUAACGGGCGAGGCAAGCAGGUCCCCAUACGACAGGCCCAGCCUUCCUGCGGGGUCAGCGGAGGGCAGCGUGGGGCUCACCUGGAACCUUGAGAUGGGGUCAAGCCCCCGAGUGGGGCCGGAGGAUCGUGGCUGAGCCCCGGGCACUUCCGGUGGGUGGCGUGUGGGCGAAACCAGCAUCCUCUGGCUUUCUCGGGCUCCCUGGUGCUUUGGGACAGGCAGCAGGGGCGGCAGCUUCUGGCCAGACCCACCCUGCCCCGGGGAGGGCGAGGGGCAUCCACUCUCCUCGGAGGAAUCUGGGAGACACCCGGGGUAUCCCUGAGGGUGGCUUCUCAUCGCAGAGAGAAGGCUGGACUGGGAGCCCAGUGCCCUGGGUGGACUUCAACUUCACGGGGUUACGUGCACUUGGAGUGGCCGGCGGCUCGCCUGGGACACGCGGGUCUGGGGUGUAGGGUCCCACGGGGCCGUUCUCUCGUGGGAGUGGAACCAAGUCAUUACUGUCGGAAGUUAGGAGUUCUUCACUUUCUUUUAAAGGGUGGGAUCCACUGGAGAAAAGACUGAGUUUUGGACUCAGAAGAACCAAACUCUAGUCUGAUUGCCAUUAUCUACCCCUUAGGUGUGAAUGUUACCUCAGUACAGAUAACACAAGGGCAAUAAGGCCAGUUCUGUGAAUCUUACAAAGCAGAUAGGAGCUCAUGAGACCAUACAUAUGAAUGCAUUUUGAAAAGAAAAAUAAAUGCA